AUGCCCUAUGUCAAGAAGUUUGGGGUUAAAGCGGAGGAGGAGGCGGCGGAGGACGACGCGGACCUGCUGGACACGUCCGACCCCCCCGGAGGAGGCGAAAGUACCGCCAGCCCGGAGGACCUGGAGGACGAGGACGCCCCCUCGGGGGGCGAGGGCGGCGGCGGCCGGCGGCGGGGCGGCGGCGCCAGCAAGACCUGCACCUACGAGGGCUGCCGCGAGACGACCAGCCAGGUGGCCAAGCAGCGCAAGCCGUGGAUGUGCAAGAAGCACCGCAACAAGAUGUACAAGGACAAGUACAAGAAGAAGAAGAGCGACCAGGCCCUGAACUGCGGCGGCGGGGCUGCCUCGGCCGGCGGCGCGGGCAGCGUCAAAGUGGAGGAAACUGCAGACAAUAUACUCUCCAUUGUAAAACAAAGAACAGGAUCUUUUGGGGAUCGUCCUGCAAGACCUACUCUUUUAGAACAAGUGUUAAAUCAGAAACGACUGUCAUUACUAAGAAGUCCAGAAGUGGUGCAGUUUUUACAGAAACAGCAACAACUCCUAAAUCAGCAAGUUUUGGAGCAAAGACAGCAGCAGUUUCCAGGAGCUUCAGUGUGAGGGAGUUUACCAAGAACUUCUGUGUGGUUUUGUUGUACUGUAAUAGAUGUACAUAUUUUUAUACUAAAAGAAUAAUGAAUAAGUUAGACCAGUAGAACAUGAACAUUUUCUUGUAAAUGUAUGUGUGCAUUUGGGGAUAAAUAACUAUUAUACUUUUUGCAUCUAAUCCUUCCAUGAAUUUUUUUUAAUCAGUUUAUCUUUCUAAAAUAGUAUUUACAUUUUUUUAAAUGUGUUACUCUUCAGUCAGUGUUACUGAAGAUAUUGAAAACAGUUACUUUCUGUGGAAGUCUUGAAGUUCAUAGGUAAUCUUGAAUCAUCUAGGUCUCUGGUUCUCAUCAACAGGCAGUUGGAAGAGUGUGAGUGUUUUGGGGUUGUUGUAGUGAGCUUGAGGACUCCUGGGUUUUAACCAGAGGGCCAGGAAUACUAAGUGUUCAGCAGUGUCUGAAAUAGUCCUACACAACUAAAAAUUAUCUCACCAACAAUGUGAAUAAAUAGUGCGUCUCUUAAGGAACAUUGAUAAUUACUUUUUACAAUAAUAGGCCAUCAAUGUACCUGUCAGAGAGGGAAAUCUAUUUUAUGCUGUAAAGAAAGCCAUCAUGCGUCACUGUGCAUGUGUAAGGUGAAAGAUGUGCUAAUGAAGCCUAGGAGAGAGAUGAAUUACUUGGCUUCUAGGUUUCUGGUUGCCUAUUAAUGUUGCUCUCCUUUAGAGCAGACCCUUUUGUGUAUGAAUUUGUGAAUAGUAUGGGUGUACCUCAACUCACAAAUUCCUGGACAGAAUUGUUAUUUAUAUUCAUUUUUCACUAAAGCAAACAAAUAAAACAAGAUGCUUUUCAAAAAGGAGAUUCUGAAAAAAAUACUCUAGCAUUUUGUCAGUUUGAUUUAAAAUUGAACUAUUAUUCCUAAGUAGUGUUACAAAGGAUGGGAAAUCUGGAUACUUUCUUAUUUUUUCCUAGGAAAAUUUUAAGACAAACCUACAUGUAAGAAUGAUGAAUUAAAUGUCAAGAGAGUAUAUCCAAUAUUAGGAUAAUAAGUAUUUGUUUCAGGAUGAACUAUAUAAAACUGUGAGAAUCCUGAUUUUUAAGCUCUGAAAUAUGUAUCAUGUUAAAGUUAGUCAUAGUUUUAAGAGAUACUUAUGGAGUUGGGCGAUGGUGGCUCAUGCCUAUAAUCCUAACUACUCAAGAUGCUGAGAUCCAAGGGUCAAAGUUCAA